AUGGUGCGCCUCAGGGAAAUUCCACGCACGGCGACUUUCGCGUGGUCUCCCGAUGCGCCCUCGUCUUGGAUCGCAACUGGCACGAAGUCUGGUGCCGUCGACGUCGAUUUCAGCAAUGAAACUUGUCUAGAACUUUGGGAUCUCGCAUUGGACAGUGGUGAACAGAGUCAAGAAUUGCAGCCCUCCGUCACCAUCCCUACUGAGACGGGCUUUCACGACAUUGCUUGGACACCGGCUCAGGCUGGACACAAGAGAGGGAUUAUUGCUGGAGCAUUUGACAACGGGUUACUUGGCUUGUGGGAUGCGGAUAAGGCCAUCACGAGCACGGCAGAAGCCUCCAUUUUCACCCACAAGAUACACAGCGGGGCAAUCAAGGCCUUACAGUUCAAUCCCAAGAUACAGAAUUUUCUCGCAACGGGUGGUGCCAAGGGAGAACUCUUCAUCUCAGACCUGAACCACCUCGACACCCCCAUACGACUUGGAAGCACCGCUGCCCGGGCAGACGAUAUCGAUUGCCUCGAUUGGAACAAGAAGGUCUCAAAUAUCCUGGUCACGGGAAGUAGCGGAGGAUUUGUGACAGUAUGGGACAUGAAAACAAGGAAAGAGAGCUUGACGCUCAACAACUUUCAACGCAAACCGGCCAGUGCUAUUGCCUGGGAUCCUGAAAAGCCCACACGAUUGAUCACUGCUGUGCCGCUGGAGCAGGAGCCUGUCAUUCUGGUUUGGGAUCUGAGAAACUCGAACGCGCCCGAAAAGGUGCUUCGCGGGCAUGACUCGGGGGUUCUUUCGGUCGCUUGGUGCCCACAGGAUCACGACCUCCUGCUAUCUUGCGGCAAGGAUAACAGAACCAUACUAUGGAACCCCCAGACUGGAGACGCCUAUGGCGAUUAUCCAGUUGUGACGAACUGGACGUUCCAGACAAGGUGGAACCCUCAUAACCCGAACAUGUUUGCGACCGCGUCUUUCGAUGGCAAACUCCAGAUCCAGACUCUACAGAACACCAAUCCGAGCACCACGCAGACAGACCAGAGCCAGGCUGCAGAUGGAGAGGAUUUCUUCUCCAGAGCUCAGACACAACCUCAGACUUCAUCUUUCUCCCUUACCAAGGCACCGAGGUGGCUAGAGCGACCCGUUUCCGUGUCUUUUGGCUUUGGUGGAAGAAUCAUCAGUGUGAAACAGGCAGACCCUGGGAAAUCAAGAGCUUCAAAGAUCUGCAUCAGCAAAUUCGAGGUCGACUCAAAUGUUGGGAGCGCAACGGAAACCUUCGAGAAAGCCCUUCAGUCAGGUGAUCUUACCAGCCUGUGUGAGGCCAGGGUCGCAUCUGCAAGGACUGAGGAAGAGAAGGCUGAUUGGAAGGUCAUUGAGACUCUGGUAUCUAAAAAUCCUCGAGCAGAGCUGGUGAAAUACCUAGGUUUUGAGGACAAAGCCGAAGACAACGCAAAUGGUGUUGAGCAGCAGACCCCAGAGGACGACAAUUCCAAUUCAGAAGAGCAAAAGCCGUCCGUCAACGGCGCCUCAAAAGCUCACAAACGGUUCCAAUCUAUUUUCGCAAGCUCCGCCGAUGGAGACUUUUUGGCAGAGUUGGCGGCCACGAAGGGUACCAGGACUAAUAAUCCCUUCCAGAUAUAUACGGGAUCCGAGUCCCAGGCAGACAAGCAGAUCACAAGAGCCUUGAUACUGGGACAAUUCGAGAAAGCUCUGGACGUGUGUUUGCAAGAGAACAGAAUGUCAGAUGCUUUUAUGAUCGCUAUCUGCGGCGGCGAAGCCUGCAUCAAGAAAGCUCAGGAAGCAUAUCUCGCCAAACAAUCUGGAGGACCCAACUACCUGCGCCUACUCGCUUCGGUCGUGGGCAAAAAUCUAUGGGAUACAGUUCACAAUGCUGAUCUAACAAAUUGGAAGGAAGUCAUGGCUACGCUGUGCACGUUUGCUGAUGAGCAGGAAUUUCCAGAUCUUUGCGAAGCGCUUGGCGACAGGAUUGAGGAACAGAUCGAUGAUCUUUCUCCUGUCUCACGGAAAGAUGCUUCAUUCUGCUUCUUGGCUGGCUCCAAGCUGGAGAAGGUUGUCGCCAUCUGGAUCCAAGAGCUCAAAGAGCACGAGGAGGCGGGAGCCUCGGAAGCGGACGCAUCUUCAGCAUUUUCACUACACGCUCGUGGUCUUCAAGACUUCAUCGAGAAGGUUACCAUCUUUCGACAAGUGGUCAACUUUAAGGACGGAGAGCUGUCUAAGACCGGGGAGUGGAAGCUGGAAGCUUUGUACGGCAAAUAUCUGGAAUACGCCGACAUUGUCGCUGGUUCAGGCCAGCUAGACGUUGCCCAGAAAUAUCUGGAUCUGCUUCCAGCAAGCUAUCCAGGUGCGGAUGUUGCGAGGAGCCGCAUCCAACAGGCAAGGAAGAAGACUGCCGCUCCAGCUGCUGUUCCUCAAGCUGCCCCUAUAACGACAAGAAACAAACCUCUGCCAGGCAUGUCACAAUUUCAGCCUCCAACAACUGCGUUUACGCCACCAACUCCUCAAGUUCCGACUCCUUAUGCCCCAAGUGCCCUACAGCCGAGCAAUCCCUAUGCACCACCCACGGCCAUCAGUACCCCAUCCAAUCCAUAUGCACCCGUUGGCGGUAGUUACCAACCCCCACAACAGAUGAGAAUGCCUCCCGGCCCUCCUCCCCCUGGUCCAUACAUCACCCCACAGCCUAAUCCCAUCCAACCGCCUCCCAGGUUCAAUCAAUCUCCAGCCAUUCCUCCGCCAUCUCAAGACAAAAGUAUGUCCAACUGGAAUGACAUCCCGGAAGGGUUUGUCAAACCUCCCACUUCGAGAAGAGGCACACCCAGCGUCCCACCGCAGCCUGUUCAGAAUCCAUUCAGCCCACCGCCGCCGCAAGUGACGUCUCCUCCCACAGCUCCGCCUUUUGGUGCGAGACAGAGAGCCUCGCCAGUUCCCCCUCCACCGAAAGGGACAGGUCCACCUCCGCGAGUAACGUCUCCUCUAGGUGGCCAGCCCUCUUUUGAGCGACCUGCAUCGGCAAGCAAUCCUUAUGCGCCGCCGACCGUGACAUCACCACCCAUUGGGCAGAAUAUCAUGUCGCCGCCGAUCCCCAGGGGUCCAUCUCCAUACAACGCACCUCCUUCUCACGCUCCUACACCCCCGAACAGAUAUGCACCGGCAGGAGGCAGCCAACAUGCGACUGCUCCGAAUACACGUCCAUCUAUCGCACCUCCACCCCAAGGCUCGUCCUUCCAAACGCCUGCUCCGCCGUCAAACCCCUACGCGCCGACCCAGCAAGCACAACCAACGCGGCAGACGAGCUACGGUCCACCACAACCAACACAGACACCGCAGUCAGCUACAGCGCCACCAAUACCGACACCCCAGCAACAAUUCAUCUCAGGACCACCUCCCACAGGAAGUGGGCCAGGAGCCCAAAGACCACCGUCUCGGCCUGGCACUGCGGGUUCAAACAAAGCCUCCGCUGCACCUCCGGUGCGAAAGUAUCCCAAGGGCGACCGAACACAUAUUUCCCCCUCUGCCCAACCAAUCUAUACCAUCCUCUCGUCCGAGAUGGCGCGUGUCAAGGCUCGAGCUCCACAGUCAUUUAAAGCACAAGUGGUUGAUACCGAGAAGCGGCUAGAUAUCCUCUUUGAUCAUCUGAACAAUGAGGAUCUGCUUAAACCGGAUACAGUGGCGCAACUAGUUGAGCUAGCGCAAGCACUAGAAGCAAGGGAUUUUACCAGGGCGCAGGAGAUACAGAUGGAUGUGCACACGAAUAAGGUGGAGGAGUGCGGACAGUGGAUGGUGGGUGUGAAGAGGUUGGUGGGCAUGUGCAGAGCCACCCCUUGA